GAAAUUAGUCUGCUUUGUUUUCCGGUCUUUUUUGGGGUUCAAUCAACUUAAGACUGCCCUAUGCAGUCACACUGUCAAUGCUAAAGUGUUAAUGCUAAUCAUUUUAAUGUGACAUGCCACAGGAAACUGUGUGGUUAACAAACCACAAUAAAAGUGUUGAAACAGCUUGCAAUUGUUAGAAAAGUCAUAUAAAACUGUGGUUUCACUGAAGAUUAGAUGUCAUUUGAACACACACCUAUAAUAAUGCAUAGCAAAAAUAUAUGACUAUAUCAUUUAAACUAAAAUGUCUCACGAGGAAUGGUACAGAGCAAAUGAGGUUUUGGACACAUUUUCUUCACCACAUCCAGGAGCCCACUGUCCUUUCUCUGGGGCUCUCUUCCACCUGUCUCCCUCAGACAACGCCCUCUAUCUGUACCUUAAUGAUACUGCAGGAGAUUCUGGUAAAAGUGUGCCGGCCUUGGAGGAGGAGUCCGAUUUUUCAUCCUUUAAAGAUGAGCCUGCAGUGAUCUAUGGAGGUGAAAAAGAACUUCAGCAGUUUGGUGUAUUUUGUGUUGAUCUUCAGAAAUUAAAAAAGAACCAUAAAAAGAACUGUCAUAAAGGCCUAUUAUUAAAGAAACUCCUGGUCGCAGAGUCUGGAUUCUACAGAGAAGGAAUAGAGUGGUUGUUGGGACAUAACUUGGGGUCUGGAAAAUUUGGCACUGUCUUUGAAGUCAUUGAUACCAGUAGCCAGUUUAAAUGUGCAGCAAAAAAGGUGGAGUUGAAUGACUUUAAACAGGAGGAGCUUGAGAUCUGGAAAGCUUUAAGUGGUCCCCAUGUUGUGGAACUGUUCGGAGCUGUUUUGGCAGGAGACCAUGUGAUAUUCUUCAUGCAAAUGGCUAAUGGAGGGUCUCUCAGCCAGCUAAUAAAUAAACAGGAACGACUUUGUGAGAUACAAGCUCUAUUCUAUUUCAAAAUGAUUUUAGAUGCCUUGGAGUAUUUGCAAAAGCAAGAUAUUAUUCACAAUGACAUCAAAGGUGACAACAUGCUCCUCUCAGACACAAAACAGCAUCUUUUCCUUUGUGACUUUUCUUUUGCUGAAAAACUUCGCCCUGGACAGGAUUUGAUUUGUAAAGGCAAGUUGCAAGGGAGGACUCAGACACACAUGGCACCCGAGGUGGCUAAAGGCACUGGUCACAAUGGUAGAGCAGAUGUGUGGAGUGCCACCUGCACACUGCUUCACAUGAUCAAUGGCAGGCACCCAUGGAUGAAGAGAUACCACCACCUUCCAUCUCUAGAUGUGGUGGUGGCAAAUAAUAGCCCACCGCUGUUUGAAAUUCCAAAGAAUUGCCACAGGGAAGUGAAGAAACUUAUUAGGUGGGGGCUGACAGUGGAUCACUAUAAACGCCCACAGGCCAGUUCCUUACGAGAUGAAGUUGACACAGUUCUGUCUAAAUUUGGAUAUCUGGCAUCCUCACCUAUUGAAGAGAAUUGUGAAACUCUAGAAGCCAGUCAAUCCUUUGUUAUGAAAGACCCAGUCGAUCCAAUAGAGGGUCAGUCGUUCAGUUUCAGAUCAAAUGCAGUGCAUUUUUUACUGGACCAGGAUGAAGCAUUAAAGGCUAAAGAGAAUUCUUCAGAAGUGCCUGAAACAUCAUUGAAAUGGACCAAUAGCCAGGGAGGAGAUGGUAAUAAAAUAUCACAUUCCCUGAGAAUGGCAGGUGAAGACGACAGGUUAGAGAUUAUUAAAGCUUUUCAAAGAGACAGGCUAUCAACCUGUAACUCUGCAGAGGAUCUGGAAGAAUGGAUAAGCCUGGUCGACAAUACAGAACUCUUGUUAGAGGACGAUGUUAUGGAAUAAUGUCAGCGCACAGACUGGAGAAGAGAGUUUUUCAUCUUUCACAGCGUGCAUAUAUUUAAAUACAUUUAAAGACUAUUGCUUGUGACAUGCUAUUUUACCCUAUUUAUUAUACAUUUUGAUGACAUGCAUGAUGUUAGAUUGGUUUUACUGGUGGAGGUGAUACAUGCUGUUAAGCUGGGACAUAUUUUCAAAGCAUUACCUCUGCUUUUUAAUUACUUUUUUAAAACCACUUUUUUCUUCUUCUCAAUAUUAACAUUGAGAGAAGGUGCCAUGACCAGCCACCCAAAAGCAAGAUAAAAUAAAAUCAAGGCAGAAAUAAAGAUUAAGAUAAUCUAAAUACACAAUGUCAAGAAUAAAAACAAAAUGACUGUCAUCUUAAGGAAAACUGUCCGCUUAAAAAAAGAUUUAAAAAAACAAACAAAACACACACACAAUGGUACAUCAACUGCCCUGUUAUUUACUUGCACAUAUGCAUACUGUAUCUGCUAUGAAUUUUGUCUUGUUAUAUUUCAAUAAAAAUGAAGUAAAGGA